UUUUGCUUAACUCGCGUAACCAUUGCUCGUCUUACCUCUCUCUCUCUCUCUCUCUCUCUGAUAUCUUAGUAGCUCCUUCUUUCUACUUCUCCAUAUAUCCCCUACUAUAGCUUAGCUAGAAGCUUUCGCUUUCUCCUUGUUUUUCUCCAAUCUCCACAUUUGCAGACUACUGUCAUGGGUAGAGAAUGGUACUCUUUGAGUGGAGGAAGAUCUUCUACUUCUUCUUCUUCUUCUUCUUCUUCUUCAUGUACCUCUAAUUCGAAGAGAAGAAGGGGAUCAGGAGGAGCUGGAGUGGAGAAGGAGACCUCAUCAUCUUCGUUAUCGUCAUCCACGGGAGGGUGCAUGAGUGGAGUGUUUCAGCUCUUUGAUUUUCAUCAAUUCCAUUUUCCUAGUUUACACCACCAGCCUCCUUUCAAGUUCCCUACUUCUUCUCACUCCUUCCAUGAGAAUGAGGAGCCUUCUACUGUCCUCAAAGGUACCGAGGCACCAAGAAAUAGCUUGGAAUUGGACCGGUCGUCUCCAUUGCCAUCCUCCUCAUCCAUACUUAGGAAGGACGCACACUUGCCAUUGCCAUCCUCCUCCAACAUUAUUAGAAAGGAUGAACACUUACUUCCACCCGCAAUGGGCAUCCAAAUCAAAACAAGUCGUGACAAAAGGUCUAAUCCGGCCUUGUCGCCAGAAAUCAUCUCCUCCCCUGGGACGAGGACGCCGACUCUCGUGGCAAGGCUGAUGGGCCUUGAUCUGCUGCCCGACAGCGCAUCUUCCUCCCAUAGACCCUCCUCGACCCUAGACACUGCCCCGUCCAUCCGGCGGCAGUCGUUCCACACUUCCCGGACUCCGCACCACCGAUCAAGCAGCGGCCGGAAGAGCUGCUCCGACGUCGACUACUCUAGCUACGGUACCAGGUCCCUGCCUGAGACACCAAGGAUGUCUUUGGCGAGGCGGUCCGACGUGGACCACCACCACCGGUUGUCCCUCCAGAUCAACAAGGAGAACACGGGCGGUGCGAGCGAAGAGUUUAAUUUCUCUCGGUUCAGGAGGGAGCUCAAGUGCAGCUCCGAGAAUGGGACCGCCAGGAGCCCAAGCCACUAUGCGAGGCAGAUUGUGAAGCAAGUCAAGGAGAGAGUGAGCAGGAGGGUCGGGAUGAUCGAUAUCACGAACAUGAUAAGGAGCAGACCAGAGCAAGGAAUCACUAAGGAUCAUGUGUCAAAGCCGAAGAAGCCUCCGGGGAACUCAAGAAUAAUAAUGGUGGAGGACUCGAGCCCAUCGUGCUCACCGAGGCUCAGGGUUCCGGACACUAAUAAGACACGGAGACCUCACUGCCUUGAGGUACAGUUGGAGUCGAUCCAGCCCACAGGAGACGCAGUGAGGAUGAAGCCUCAGUGCUAUAAUAAUACCGCUCGGAAAUUAUCUUGCUGGAAAUCGGAUUCGGGGAAUGAAUGGGUGACUAGGCCUACUAAGUUAGCAGCAACAGAGUAUGUGAGGAAGAAGCAAGAGGAACCGUUUGUACGGGCGUCGAAGACUACGACAACGAGGUCUAAUCAUAGGAAGAGUGACAAUAAUAUUGUUGUCAAAAAGAAAGGCAAGACGACGUCGUUUGCCGUUAGGAAACUUGUGGGUACCUCAAAUACUGCUGCUGCGGCUGCUGUUCUCCCUGUCAAGAAAGAUCCUUCUCCUCCAGCAACGAAAAUUAUUCCUCAGAAACAGGUGCAAGACAUUCAAACAUCCAGACACGGCUCUCAGCUUUCCGUCUGCAUGAGCCAUGGGUACCGCCCUGCGCAUGUGGUCGAAGAGAACGUGAUGAGGGACAAGCUUGGUAGCACCACGUCCGUCACCACCAUAAUUACUGAUCAUAGACGAGCGGAAUCACAAUAUGCCUAUGAAAUAUUAAGAUCAAUCGGUAUAGCAAGGGAUACCCAGCUAUUGUCCUUCAGCAGGUGGUUCUCUCCAUCUCACCCUUUAGACCCGUCCAUCUUCAAUGCCUUGGAGAGUACAUAUGAUCCUGUACACUCAACGACCGGUGAUCCAGAUGAUGGUGUCAUGCGCCAAUCCUUAGACCGUCAAUGCAACCGAAAGCUAGUGUUCGAACUCGUGGACGAACUCUUGGCUGACCUAUUGAAGCCUCACCUGAAUUGUCAAGCAUGGAUCAACAGGGCAAAAUUAUACGGCCGACCUGCAUGCAGGACUGGGUCAGAGUUAAUCGAUAAACUCCAAGCCAAAAUCAAGAGCUUCCCUCGAGCCGACUGCCACGUGCUCAAGGACAUCGAUGCGAUUAUCGACGGGGAUUUGCCAAGAUCGGAGGUCCAGAUCAGCCGAAGGGCAUUUGAAGAAGCAGGAGAUGGCCUGGUCUCGGAACUUGAACGGGACAUAUGGGACGACCUCGUACGAGAAGUUGUUACGGAAACGGCAUCUCGGACUGUACAUAGAAACGGCGUCGUAAGUGGGACCUUUGAUUUUGGGGGACAAGGGCUCAGAGGGGGCGAACACAGAAGGUCACGUGAUGAGGUCAGUCACGUGAUCAGAUGCUGAGACCGUGGAGCCCACAUGUGACACGUAGGAGUUGGUGGGGCUGUCUCAGAGUUGAUCCGACAAUACCCGUUUCUUAUUGGUUCAAAAAGGCCAUUGGUCAGAGGAAUCCAUACUAGUUAGAACUUAGAUCUCCUUUUGUAUAUUAUAUAUUAUCUUUUUCGAAAUAUAUAUAUUUCACUAAAUAAUAAAAGGGUCCGAUAACCAGCGGAACGUGGUCCCUAACAUGUGUGCUUUGAUGGUGUUGUCCCCAUUCGAUGUAUUUAUAUAAAUACUUGAAGAACUAUCACAUGUGUCCACACUAUAUUUGUAUAUAUAGUUGUGAUUGGAUCAUAUGGAAUUUCCCUACCCAUCGUGAUUGGCCACCCAACAUACUUAAUUC